AGUGGGCCACCUCUAGCAAUUUGUCUGCAACUUCUAAUUCGCUGCGGGUAUUUUUUUUGUGUUUGUUGUUACAUAUAAUCCGAUCAAUUUCGAUCGCCCGCUUGGCAAAUCAGUGUCUUGCUGUUCCGAUUGGUGAGCUUUGGCCAAUUCUCGGCGAGCGUCAGUAAAUCGUUCGAUUUGGCUUUAAGUCCGCCCGUGCUUUUGCGUUUUCCUUGGCUCUUUUCUUCAUUUUUGUGGCCCGUUUUCGUUUUCCACUUGGUAUCGCGAGGGGAUGAAGGAGGGGAGCAGGAGCGGAGAAUCCCGACCGAGUGCAUCCCCAAUGUGUGUGCGUGUACGUCUGUGAAUACGAUGGUGCUGCCAAUGCAAUUGUAACUGAGCGCGCUCAUAAAAAUCAAAAGUAUAUUUAGAUAUACAUGUACAUAUAUAUAAUAAUCGGAUACGUUUUCUCAUUGCCCCCCCUGUCGGUGUGUGUGCGUGUGUAUUUAAAUCAGUAAUACAGUGUGUGUGUGACGAGCGCGCUGGGUUUUGUUGUUAAGUGCGAGUGAGUAAGAGAGAGGGAACACGAGCGAGACAGCAGCCGGAGCAACAGAGAGGCAAACAGGAACUGCAACAAGAAAAACAAUAACAUUCUGUGGCAGCAGCAGCAGCGAUGACUUCCAGUCGCUGCACUGGCAAAGCGCUGCCGGGAAGUGUUUUGUGGUGUUUCUUCAUCCUCGUCUGCUAGGAUUAAUUAUAUCACUGAGUGACUACGCACCGGCAAUUCCAGAAGAAAUCGCAGGCCAAGGAUAGCCUUGAAUUCUCGGGACCAUGCCGCGCUUUCGCAACGAGACGCCGGAGGAGUCGCAGUACACCGAUGGCGAAAUCGUUUGGGUAAAGAUCCACAACACCGAGAUCUGGUGGCCCGGCGAAGUGACCUCGUCGCAGGACUUUCGUUUCGUCAACACCACGCGCCCGCCGUACGCAGUUGUGGCGUUUUUCAACGAGAAAACCUUCGAGCAAGUGAGUUCCGCGAAGCUUAUUUAUCCCUUCGAAUGCGAGCACAAGGAGGAGUUCAUUAAGCGCGGCAAAAAGAAAGCCGAAGGAAUCCACAUGGCCGACAAGUUCUCAGAGGACGUGGCGAUCGCCGAAUCGCGUAGCGGUCGCAUCCAUCGCUCGUCGACAUCGUCCUUAGCGGAGGUCUGCAGCGGACCCGCCGCCCGUCCGGAAAGCCUCAUCAAGGCCUGCCUUUCGAGCAAUAGCAACAGCAGCGGCGUGCUGAGCAGCAAUGCGUGCAGCAGCGGAGUGCCUUCGGCAGCGGGUCGAGUAAGUAGCUCGGCAACGCUACAUGCCAAUGAUAAAGCCGUAUUCCGACAGCAGGAGUCCACGUUCCGCAUCAUGGACAUCGGGGGCGGCGCCACGAUUCCGCCCCGUGACGCUGCCUUCGAGUGCACCAUGUGCAACUUUCACACCAACAGUAUGAGCGUCCUGCUCAUCCACCGGCGCAACCACAUGGAGUCGAGCAACAACUUUGGCAGCAGCAACAGCACCACCUAUACGGUCACCAGUACGGCCAACAGAACGACCAGCAGAACGGCCAGCAGAACGACCACCAGUCCGGCCACCAGUCCACGACGAGCGUCGCGUCGUUCCCACACCACCAUCGUGCAUGAAGUGAACGGCCAAAAGAGCCGGAACAACGAAGUGCGCUGCAACUCGCGCCACGUGUCCAUUAUGAUUGACGUACCGCUGACAAACGAGGAGCAUGAGAAGGUGAUGAGCAUCGUUGACAAAACGUUGGCCAGCAUCGAGCUCGUUGUUGGCUCCAAUGCGGGCAGCUCCCCGGGCUCCGCUUCCGCGUCUGUUCCCACACGAAAGAGCUCCUCCGCGUCGUCGCAGGCGCCCGCUGCGGUGAACCCGCGACGCAGAACUGCGACAUCUCGAGAUCCGGGUAGCCAGCGCUCAAACCAACUGCGAGCCACCAUGCCCGCUCCACAGUCGCCGCCGGCAAAGCAACGUCGUCUCACACGCUCCAUGAGCAGGCGCCUGCAAGGUGUUUCGCCAAUGGCCGUCCCUACGGAGAUUCUGCCGCCACCUGUGCAGGUAAAUUCGCGUCGUAAUUCACGCAGACGCUGCACACUGGCUGCCACCACUAGUGAGCCAGUUAUUUCGCCCAGAAGGGGCAAUCCCUUACGGAAAACGAUGACGACAUCGCCAUCGAGCAUCGUCUCGCCUCGAAGCGCAGGUCGGCGCAAGCAACCGAUCUCUAGGAAUAGAACGACGACCGUAACUGGUGAUGCGCAUAUAUCUUCUGCGCUCCUCACAUCGCCUUUAAUCAAUCGUCCGGCUGGGGACAAACAUGAAUCGGAAAAACAGGUGGCAGAGCCGAAUCUGCCCAUCAGUCCAUCGCCAGAGCCAACGACAUCAAUGGCUGACAUCGCACAGCCGAAUCAGAAUCUCCAGCAUAUGCAGAGGAGCAUUGACGCCUCCAAGCAGCUGCAGCUAAGUCUGAUGGCGGAAUGGGGCGACGACGAGACGGACGAGUCGAUGGAGGAGACACCGCAGCCGGUUGAGAAGGAUACCGGAAUCGUGAAAUCACCGCCGGCGACAGAGCAACAUGCGGAUGAGAAAGAACAGGAGCAGGAGAAGACUGAUGGCGGUGCUGCCAAGAAGCGCAUACGCAACAUACCAAAGAAGGAUCGGCGCGACGUAGUCGUGCAGGAAUUCGACGUGCAGGACAGCCAGCAAGACCCCGAUGACGCGGAGGUUGACGAGCCGAUUUUAAUUCAGGAUAGCGAUGCUAGCUCCAAUGGCAGCGUCGUAUUCGUAGAAGACGAGCCGAGGCAGCGCGGCCGGGGAGCUUAUUCGCAAUCCAAUGGCAAUGUCAAUGUCAGUGAUAAGGCCGCGUCCUCGUCGAAGAUGGCCAGCAACAUACCGUCCUGCUUUGACUUCGAGGAGGAGGAGGAUGUACAGCAGCAGGAGGGCCAGAAUGGUUUGAGCUAUAGGCGCCGAACGAAUACCAAUCGUCCUGAUGUCAACGGCAAAGGACCCGCUGAGGAGGACACACUCGAGAGGAAUGAGGAACCUGUGGAUGAGAACGAACUUGACGACAACGUGUCCUACGAUAACGCCUUCAAGGGCUUUGAAGAUGUCCACAAACCGACAAUCAAGGAAGGCAUACAGACUCUGGAGGAGGAGGUACACCGUGAGCCUGACGUGGAGCCCGAGCCGUGGCAGCAGGUAGCAGCCUAUGCCGUAGAGUCUGAAGAAGCGAUUCCCCAGGACGCACCUGAGGGCGAGGCGGGAGAUCACAUGUUCCUGCCCAUCAAGGAGCCGCAAAAGCGCAUCUUUAAGUCACGAAACAAAUCAACAAAUCAAAUGGCAUGUCCACCAGACGAGGAUCUGCUACCAGCCUCCAUGACUUCCACGUUGCCAAGCGCCAACGAAGAGGAGCUGACUGCGCCCAGGACUUAUAGUCCUCUCCAGGAGGCGAAUUGCGUCGGUACACUGCUAUCCAAUCACGAACCGAGCAGGGCCAUCAGCGUCAAAAACAGCAACAAAUAUAGCAGCAAGGGAGUGCUGGGUGGCAGCAUGACGAGGAAGCGCCGCAACAAAUCCAAGACUGAAUCAUCCCGUCGCCCGUUACAGCGUUCCAGGCCAAUGACACGUCAGAAGAAUCCCUCACCCAAGCACGAGGAGUUGAGCAACCACAGCAGCCGAAGCAGCAGCAGCAGCAGCAGCAACAACAGCAGCAGCAGCAGCAGCAGCAGCAGCGGCAGUAGUAGCAGCAACACGAGCAGCAGUAGCAGCAACACGAGCAGCUCAAGCUCUAGCUCGGACUCGCACGGCAUCGGAACACUAUCCCCGGAGCCGGGCUCCAGCAACAGCUGUUCCAUAGCCUCCAACAUUGCAGUGAUAUCGGCAGAAGAGGCACGCGAGCUGCAGCGUUCCGCCUCGGGCGCCGGACUCAUCCACGCCGCCAUCGUUGACGCCACGCAACCGGUGCAGCGUGGUGGCGUGCUUAUCCUAGAGGAUAUUAGGCUGCCGAAUUUGUAUCAACCCUCUAGCCUUCACUCAACGGACAGCAAUGGCAGCCACCGGACGAUCUCACACUCGCCGGAUGAGGGCGACGAACAGUCGCAAGACCCGGCUGAUCAGCCGCAAACAAACGAUGAAGACCAAGAUGUGAAGCAUAUGAUUGAUGACGCCGAGCCAAUGGAGCAAGGGGCGGAAGAGGACGACCAGGCGGCAGAGGACGACCAGCCGGAGAAGGAGCAGGAGCAGGAUCAGGAGCUGGGACAAAAGUCGAAGGAUAAGCCAGUGUCCGAGGCAGACAACGAAUUGGGCCGCUUCUCACCGAUCCCCGAAAUCCGUUACCAGUUGCAGCCUGGCGAGUUGCUGCUUAAUGAGCGCGAACGGGAGAUGUUGCGCCGGUACAAGGCCGUCGUGGCCAGUGGUCGCAGUGCAGAGAAGUUUCGUCAGGUCCGCGCGCGCUGGAACCGAAACAUGCCAUCCACAUCCUCAGACAGCAAUGGCAGCCGCCACACAAACUCACACCUGCCUGAUGAGGGCGAUGAACAGUCGCAAGACCCGCCAGAUCAGCCGCAAGCAAACGAUGAAGAUCGAGAUGUGAAGAAUAUGAUUGAUGACGCCGAGCCAAUGGAGCAAGGGGCGGAAGAGGACGACCAGGCGGCAGAGAAUGACCAGGCGGCAGAGAAUGACCAGGCGGCAGAGAAUGACCAGGCGGCAGAGGAAGACCAGCAGGAGAAGGAGCAGGAGCAGGAGCAGGAGCAGGAGCAGGAGCUGGGACAAAAGUCGGAGGAUAAGCUAGAGUCCGAGGUAGACAACGAGUUGGGCCGCUUGUCUCCGAUCCCCGAAGACUGUUACCAGCUGCAGCCUGGCGAGUUGCUGCUUAAUGAGCGCGAAGAGGAGCUGUUGCGCCAGUACGAGGCCGAUGUGGCCAGUGGUCGUAGUGCAGAGAAGUGUCGCCAGGCCCCCGCGCGCUGGAGCCGAACAAUGCCAUUCCCCGAAGAAUCAGGCGUACACGAAUCAGAGUUGGAUGGCAUGCCGUUGGCCGCGUCGUCAUCAGAGGAUCAAGAACGGGACGGGGAAGAGAAGGAGACUGGGGUCGGCUCCGAAGGUGAACAGCCCGCAAUGGCUACGGAUGAAGAAGAAGUAUCUGACGACAGGAGGUUCCAGAUGGCAAUGGACAUGGACAUCGCACUGGAUGCCGUGGAGCUGGUGAUGCCGGUUUCAUUGCUGCAAACCUCGCGCCGCCCUGCCAGCUACCCGCAAGUCACUCCGAUGGCGACCACCCAGUCGGCCAUUGGCCUAAAUCGACCCACCAGGCAUUUAAGCUGUGCCCGAGCCCUGAGCGAUGCGGACAUGGCCAGGGCCCACCAGCAGCUGGUGGAUCUGCGCGAGCAGCAGCGCCUCUGCUUCACCCCGCCAUCGCCGCCAGCGGUCCUGACUCCUCCUGCAACACUGCUGCAGGCCAGUGGACAGAAAAGGCAGCGUCGCCGCUCGAAGAACGCUCCAAGUGACCACGCGGAGAGCGGGUCACGCAGCGAAGGCGGCGAGGAAUCGUCAAGCGACGCCAAGGAUGGUCAGGAGAGUCCCGAGAACCCGCCACAACUGUGCGCUGGACGCAUCUGCGCGGUGAUGACUCGACCGAUCCCGGGCUACAGUCACACCUUCAUGCUGUGCUCGCUGAACAACAACAACUUUACGCCGCUGAACAACGUGGCGCUGUACCUGGACAACGAAAAGAACCACCUGGUGCCGGUGCCGCGGGAGACACUGCUGGAGCCGCCGCGUCUUGCCGACGGCCAUCCGCUGUCCGCCGUCUUUGCGGACAUUGACUUUCUGGGCGAAGACGCGGUGGCCCAGGUGGUGGAGCCAUCGGAGGCGGAGGCGGAAAUGGAGAUGGAGAUGGAGAUGGAAAUGGAGACUGAGCAGGAACUCGUCCAGGAUCAGGUGUCGCCGCGCCAACUGUCGCCGCAAAUGUUGCUAAGCGAGGCCGAUAAUGAUUACAAUAACGAGAACGACGUUGAGUCUGUGGACGCGAUGGGCAUCAUGACACCACUCAGCCAGGUGGCCGAGGGAGGCGCCUUGGCAGCCGCCGGUAGCUACGUGAACGAAGAGGAGGAAUUGUCUCUGCACGGCGAACAACUAAUUGGGCAGAUAAUGCAGUUAAACGUGAACGGGUUCCACUUGCAGCUGGAUACCGCGAUGCUAUUCAGCAUGGCAGAACAGCCGGACACUUGCAUCGAGGUGAACGUCACGGAUGGGGGGGGAUCCAGCACAUCUGCUGCCGGUGGCAGUAUGACAGCCGUGCUUAAUGCUCGCGACAUUCUACAUGCGGCAGAGGCAUACCUACAGGAGCGCGAUCUGCAGCUGGUCAACGUGGAGGACAUGACGCUGGACGACAGGGAUGGCGAUGUGUCAACAGCCGAUCUGGCUGUGCCCCCCGCCCCUGAUCUGCUCUCCCAGGCGCUGGUCGGCAGCCAGGUCGUGGACGAUUCGGAAUUCGUGAACGCAGCCAACGCUGGCGUUGGAAUGCUUCACAUCGAUACUCGCAACGGCCCUGGUCUACUGCAUGUGGGCAACGACGAGCCGGGCAGCGUGGUGUUCAUUUCGCAUCCGAUGCCUACGCAGAAUGUCCACCUCACGCCGCCGAUCACGGCGCGCACCAACGAGACAAACGCGCUGCUCGACCAGACGCCCAUCAUGUCCACGCUGGAGAGUCCCAGUGGCAUGCAGCUGCGGCGCGUUUCGCCGCUGGUCGAGGGCAACCUGGAGGAUAGUCUGGCCGUGAUCGGCGUGACGAACGGCAGUGGCGUACCCACCUCGCUGGAACUGCCCAUUACCGUGACCAAUCCGGCCAUCGCAUCCCGUAUGGGGGCGCCCGUCGCCGAAAUGCUGCAGUUUGCUCCUUUUCAGUAGGAGCGGAGGAGGAAGGAGCGAAGGAGCAGCGCAGUCCAUGAACAGUUCAAUUUAUUAUUUUUUUUUUUUUAAUACACCUAAGGAGUUGCAGUAAGGAUUUAGAAGAUGCAGCAUAUGCAUUUUAGUUUGAGCGGCACGGAAGCCCAAUGCCUAUUUGUUAGUUGAAUUGACACGAAAAUGGACGACGACGACGACGACGAUGACAUUGCGCCACGGCCAAUGUAAAUAUUAUUUGCUUAAUUAACCUAAGUUAGAUUCGUGAACUUUCACCUAUCUCUUGCAUUGCAAAUGUACGAUAGACAGGCGGAGUUCCUUUUACAUGUAAGGAUGUAAGGAUAACCAUAGCAUACACGCGAACAGAACGCAACAGACCAGGAUAAGCUCGAUCGCGAAUCGAUGCCCGGCACCAAAGCAACAACAUAAUACGACACCCAACAGAAUAUAUAUGUACGGAUACCUGUGUGCAGGAAGGAAGCAGAACUUACGUAAGAUGACCAUACCACAGAUGACCAUACGCCAGUCCAGUCGCUAAACCUAAUGAAUGUGUAAAGAGACCCGCAAAGCAGGCGGGCUGGGCAGACCGCAGACCAAGCUGCCCAGCUGCUGGGCAGCUAUUUGAAUAAAUGCAACAUGUGCAACAGGGAGGAUCUUGGUGUAUUUGGACGGAGCCACUGCAGCAGCAGCACACUCACUCAAGCUCAUGCCAGUGCCUCAUCAUACGUAGAGAUAGUUGUAGUCGAUCGAUCAUCUGUACAGUUUUCAUUCUCAAGAACACGUAAUAUAUAGGAAUUUAUGAAAGAGGGAUAUACAUAUUGAGGCAGAAAAUGUAUGCUAAUGAAAAUAAAUUUUUGAUAACAGUUGUUUUUUUUUUUUUUUCUUGUAGGAAAACGAAAACGAUACCUAAAGAAUGGAACGAAUUGUCAAAAAACGAUUUUACUUUUGUCAAAUAAUACCCCCGUUUUAAUUAAGAAACAUCAACAUCAUUUUACUUUUGUCAACAAAUAAUUCACAAGUGUUUAACAAGUAUUAACUAUAAUAUAUCUCACAAGAAUCGGAGGACUCCCGAAAGCCUGAAUAUGUAUACACUUCAUAUUUUUAUUUUUGUAAACCAAAAACUGCGAACCCUAUAAAUAUAUUUUGCAUUCCUUUUCGUUUUGGAAACUGCAAUUU